UCAGGAACAACAACACACUAUUGCAAAUGCGGAGGUGCAGCGUUUGUCCCUUACGACCUUCCGUUCAACGGCGUAAUCAUGUCGGCCGCACUUAUGUCUCUACACAGGUGUCUCCAGCGGUCAGCCCUCCUCAUCGUUGCUCGGCGACCGUGCAGCUCCAGCUCAGUGUCUCCGUCUCCUCUGCACAGGAGGCUUCUCCUCCUCCUCGCCCAGCGUUUCUAUGAUGUGGAGAUGCUCCUGAGCUGGUGGUCUCGGCUGAGGAGGAAGAGGAUUCAGAAGAAGAAUUUUAACUAUGGCUACAGGCAGAGGCUUUUCGGGGCAGACAUUGCUGCAGCGCAUUACGUCUUGAGUAUGAAGGGAGGAUUUAGGUAUGUUGGCUGGUCUGAGUGGUUCCGUGCAGACCACAGGGGCAAGUUUAAUUGGGAUUUCAUGGAGCACAAAGACACACCCCUAGAGGAAGUAAACAUGAGCUACACACUCAUCAACUACACAGGACUGGAGAACUUUGAGAAGCAGCGAUCUUUGCGGACUCUGUCAUUACGAGGAUGCCCUGAAGUGGACGACUGGUUCCUGGCCAGGCUCCAUGUGUUGCAGGACUCUCUGGAGGAACUGGACAUCUCUCACUGUCCACGCAUCACUACAGGCGGCCUGGCUGCACUCAGGAAUCUCAAGGGACUGCGGCGUCUGGACAUUUCGUCCCUCCCUGGGAUUUCUAGUCCUGGGUUGGUCAUUAUCCUGCUGGAGGAGAUGUUACCACAGUGCCAGAUCACCGCUACUGGCUACGACCUCAGCCUGAAGGAAGGAGAGUGGCAGAGUGAGGCACACGUAUAAGGCAGGGGAUGGACAGGGUGGGAAUCUGAGGAAUCAAGGGACAGAAAUAGUCCUCUGAGAGAACUUUGCCAUCGAUUCACUGUAGUCUGACAGAAAGGGCACUGAUGGAGCAAAGAGACAUUCAGAGGAAACGUCUGACAUAAGAAGAGAGGAGGCGAUGAGUCUAGAUUUUUGCAGCAAUAUAGCCGGUUAUCACAGAGAAAGUCCAGCAUAGACAAAUUAGAGUCUUAACACACUCUGCUACUAUGAACCUUACUAAGUCAUGUUUGGUUGGACACUGGCAACCUCCAAUUAGACAUAGUCAUGUGAAAAAGAAAAAAAAUACAGCAAGUGGUGGACUAAAGUGUACUACCUCAUUUUGUCUUGGAUUAUUUGGCAUCUGUCAUUGAAAGUAUGUUAUCACAAUCUGCUUCUGUGGUUUUCCUCCAGAAUCAACUUGCAGUAAAGAGUCCACUCGUCUGCAUAUGCUGUAAUGAUUUCAUUUGCUGAAAUGUAAAUAUGAUUGUAAAUACAUUGAAUAAAGAUUUUAUUGUUCAGUA